GUUUCCGGAAGACGUGGCGGCUCUCGCCUGGGCUGUUUCCCGGCUUGAUUACUCCCUACUUUGCUUCACACCCUGGGCUCUUCGAGGUGCUGUCGUCGCUACCCUGACCACUGCAGUCAUGAUCUCCUUAACGGACACCCAGAAAAUUGGAAUGGGAUUAACAGGAUUUGGAGUAUUUUUCCUGUUCUUUGGAAUGAUUCUCUUUUUUGACAAAGCACUACUGGCUAUUGGAAAUGUUUUAUUUGUGGCUGGCUUGGCUUUUGUAAUUGGUUUAGAAAGAACAUUCAGAUUCUUUUUCCAAAAACAUAAAAUGAAAGCUACAGGAUUUUUCCUGGGCGGUGUAUUUGUAGUCCUUAUUGGUUGGCCUUUGAUAGGCAUGAUCUUCGAAAUUUAUGGAUUCUUUCUCUUGUUCAGGGGCUUCUUUCCUGUGGUCGUUGGCUUCAUUAGAAGAGUGCCAGUCCUUGGAUCCCUCUUGAAUUUACCUGGAAUUAGAUCAUUUGUAGAUAAAGUUGGAGAAAGCAACAAUAUGGUAUAACAACAAGUGAAUUGAAGACUCAUUUAAAAUAUUGUAUUAUUUAUAAAAAUUCUUUGAAGAAUAUUCAGCACAAAAUUAAGUUACAUGAAAUAGCUUGUAAUGUUCAUUGCAGAAGUUUAAAAUGUAUACCUACAAAGUACCAACAGCAGUUAACAAAGAAGCAGUGAAAACAGGCUUCUAGUCAAGUGAUGUAAGAAGUCAGCAAGCAAACUGAAGAAGAUGAAAUCUGUUACAAGGCAUAAUGAAACUCUUGAAGGCGAUUUUUAUUGUUUUUCCACAAUGUGCGAAAACAGCCAUUCUUAGAGAACUAUGAUGCCUGUUUCUUUUUUUUUUUUUUUUAUUUUGAAGGUGCAGGAGCACCCACAGGCAUUUACUUUUUAGAACUGUCCACUGCCGUGACAAAAGUAUUUUCUGUUGCGCUGUGUCCCCGAAAGUGAUGCAUGAGUUAGAUUGGAUUAUGUCAUUUAAUGUAUUAAAACCAAGGAAAACCCA